AUGACGCCGCAAUUGGGCGGGGUAGCAGUGAAGCCCCAUCAGGGGGGUGGGAGUUGUAGUGACCAAACAUCGGCGACGGGGGAAGCGGGUGGCAGAACUACCUCGAAACCAGGCAGCAAAUCAAGGAACAAUAAGUCUUCGCUUUUUAUGCAAUGGACAUCAACGUUCAUCAUGUUGUCAAGUAUUGCACUAGUACAGAACAAGAUCUGGUGCGCAUUUUUUCAAGACUUUCGAGAGUCUCGUUAUUUGCCAAUAGUUAUUCUUCAGUACUGAAGAUUUAGGACAACACACAAGCGGUGGAUGCGACACGGAAGAAAGCUGUUGUAGCGAUGUUCCCUGUGUGCAGUGGGGUCGCAUAUAAAAUGUUGAUUAAGUUGAUGUCACCACUAGCAAAUAAUGAUCGUCUUCUAAGUGCUACACUUACCACAAGUGCGAUACAAGUAGAGACAACUUUUGUAAACAAUACUCUCUACUGGGCUGCACGACCAGCACCUCCACACCAAGCAAACUGACCAGGCGGGGGGUGGUGGCGCUGGGGGGAACCACAAGGGCACAACCGCCAGCCUCUCGACGAGCCAAGGAAACGCCUCGCUCGUGCUAG